ACAUUUGACGAAAUACAUACUUUGAAAAUGCAUAAGCAUUGGUAUUCAACUUAUUUUUUAUUGAAAUAAAAUUGGUAUUUUGAUAGAUACUUUGGUCAUUCGCCUUGGGAGUCAUUUUCAUAAAGAUGGCAGCCGCGCGGCCAGCUCUCAAAGGCGACGGCCGCCGCUGCGUGUAGUGCAGUGGGCGUCGGAUCGCGUCAGGGGCAGGUGGUGAGUGGAUGGCGCUCGAGAAGGCCGGUGCCAACCCCGAGAUGAAGUCGCCCGGUCUCCUGCGGAGAGUCUCGUCCCGGUUCAUCGGCGGCUUCGAGUACCUCUUCUACCAGCACGGGUACACGGUAUGCCGACACCCAUACCUCUACAUCGUCUCGGUUCUGGCCAUUACCGUGGCCUGCGGAAUCGGCCUGCUCAACUUCCACCAGGAGAACCGGCCGUUCAAACUCUGGAUACCGCAAGACUCGGACUUUGUCAAAACGUACGACUGGAUGCAGGACAAUUAUCCGAGAGAGUUCCGUUUCGAGAACGCUAUCGUCACGGCUGAGAAUGUUCUGGAGCCGGCAGUGAUACAAGAGAUGCUGCGGGUGCACCAGCGGGUGUCGGCAGUCCCCGGUGCUGGCCCGGCGUGGUCGGACGUCUGUGCACGACUACCAUCCCUGGCUGCGCCCGAGGACGAGGUCUAUGAGACAGAGGAGGAAGUCUCGGACCCAUCUCUAGUCUCUGAGGACAGCGGGACCGACUCAGCAGUGUCCGAAGCACGCCGCCGCCGCCGCCGCCGCCGUCAGGCCAGUCAGCGGCCCGAGUUUGACGUCUCGGGGUAUGACGACUUCGACCCGUCGGUCAGCCUGCCAACCAGCCUGCACUGUAUGCUGGUGGAGGGCAUGGAGCGGCCCUGCUGGGAGGCCAGUCUGCUGGAGCUGUGGCGCUUCAACGAGCGGCGCAUCGCCAACCUCACCAGGGAGCAGGUGCUCACUGCUGUCAACACUGCCGCCUAUAGCCCCGUGUUCGGGUACCGGUUCAACGUCUCCCGCUACCUGGGCGGCGUUCAGCGCAACAGUACCGGUCACGUGAUCUCUGCCAGCGCCGCGUUUUUCGCCUGGGCCGUGCGGAGGGACCCGGAUGCUGAAAAUGUCAUCGUCAGCGACACAGGAACUGGCGAGCCGGUGGACGAGAACACUCUACUGUUUGAGAACCACUUUCUGUCCGUUCUUAGCUCUGCGCCUUCACUUCACGGAGUCACAUGUUUCGGAGAGAUCAGCAACUCGACCAUCUUCGGCGACGUCAAGUACUUGGUGCUGGGAUACGUGGUGAUGUUCAUCUACAUCCAGCUGAUGCUGGGUCGCUGCAACAUGGUCGAACACAGGACGUAUCUCUCGAUAAUCGGCGUGGCCAGUGUCGGCCUGGCGGUGGUGAUCUCGUUCGGCCUCUGCUCGGCGCUGGGCGUGUUUUUCGGGCCGGUGCACAACAUCCUGCCGCUGCUGCUGCUCGGUCUUGGCGUGGACGACAUGUUCGUAGUCCUGCAGUGCUGGGAGACUCUGCCGGCCGCCGACCGGCACCGACCGCUCCCCGAGCGGGUCGGCCGAGCCCUGCAGCACGCCGGCGUGUCAAUCACCGUCACCAGUCUCACCGACUUUGUGGCGUUCGGCAUCGGCGCGUCCACGGUGCUCCCCUCGCUGCAGUCGUUCUGCAUCUACGCAGCGGUCGGCAUCAUGGCCGUGUACUUCAUUCAGGCCACCUGGUUCGUAGCCUGGUUCACCCUGGACCAGCGGCGCAUUGAGGCGCGGCGCGACGGCCUGGUGCCCUGCUACACACACCGCAACUGGGUGCCGAACACAUGCAGUCAGCGCAACUACUUCCAGAACUUUUUCAGCAGAGUGUACGCGCCGGCCGUACUCAGUGUCCCCGGAAAGGUGAUUGUUUUGGUGGUCACCUGCGCGCUGCUGGCGGUCAACUCGUGGGGCCUGUCGGAGCUGCGUCAGGAGUUCAACCCGCUCUGGUUCCUGCCCACUGACUCGUACCUCUCCAUGUAUCACAGAAACGUCGAGCGCUUCUUCCCUAAUGAAGGUCACGAAGGCGUCGUGUUCCUGAGCGGGCUCCACCUGGCAGACAACCUGCCGCAGAUGGCUCUGCUCUCGCAGAAGCUGCGCGCAGAGCCCAGCAUCGAACACGUGGACUCGUGGUACGACGAGUUUCAGUUCUACAUCAACUACAACGAGUACGGAGAGCUGCCGGAACGGUUCGCCGACGGCUAUGAGUUUCUACCGCUACUGGGCCAGUUCAUGUUCAGCCCGCGCGGCGGCAAAUACCAGAGCUUCAUCCAGUUCAACGGCACACUGACCUGCGGCGAGCCGGCGCCUCCGAUCACGGCCUCGAUGAUCACAUUCACGCACCGUCUGAUGGACGGGCCGCGGGAACAGAUCCCGGCUAUGGUGCGCGUCAAGGAGCUGGUCAACUCCGUCAACUUCACUGGCGAAGCGCCGCUGGUGCAGCCGCUGGCUGAGGCCUACGCCAGCUGGGAGACGGACCAGGUGAUCGAAUACGAGCUGUACCGCAACAUGGGCCUGGCCAUGGUGUGCGUGUUCGUGAUGGUGCUGCUGCUGAUCGCCAAUCUCACCGUCUGUCUGCUGGUGCUCACCUGUGUGCUCGUCACGCUGGUGGACGUGGGCGGUCUGAUGCACUUCUGGGGUCUGACUAUCGACACCGUCUCCUGUAUCGACGUGGUGCUGGCCAUCGGUCUGUGUGUCGACUACGCCGCCCACGUGGGGCACACGUUCCUAACGGAGCGGGGCGACCGUCGCCAGCGGGCCGCCGACACGCUGCGAGACAUCGGACCCGCAGUCUUCAACGGCGGCUUCAGCACGUUCAUCGCCUUCGUCUUCCUGGCCACCUCCACGUCGCACGUGUUUGUGACGUUCUUUAAGGUGUUUUUCGGCGUCACCGUGUAUGGCCUGUUCCACGGCCUGGUGCUUCUACCAGUGCUGCUGAGCCUGGUCGGACCGGAGCCCUACCUGCCGGCGCGUACAGACAUGGAGCUAGUCUCUGGGGAGGAGAAGAGGGCAGCGCCGCAGGAGGGGGACGCCGUCCGAGAGGAGGAUGGGACGCGGCCGGCACAGACAGAUAUAUCCGAUGUGAAGUACGCACCAGCCGUGGCCGAUGCACACAUCACAGCGAUGGCAUAGCCUCAGUCAUGUUCCUCAUUAGAUCAGAUACCUCAGCGUGCGAGAGUGUAUGUCAGACUUCCAUGGGCGCCGGGGGUAGGGUGUUUGACCGCUGCGGCCCCUACCGGAGCUGAUAGACUUUGAGAAUGGUUGUGUAAUGACGGUUAGACCGUGUAAGCGACGAUCUCGGUGUUUGAUUGAAUGAAACUGUGAGACAAGUCCUGACGAGGAAGGAGAGGAUGAGAUGUGAUAGAGGUAUAAGUGAAUGUGUUGGAGCUGUGACGACUUUGUUCGAUAACAUCGCACAGUCCUGAAGUGCACAGAUGGAGCUGGUUGUGGCAAAUGUCUAAUUGCCGCCGUGUGGGUUUGUCCUGGGAUUUGUUUGGGUAGGCCCCGUGUGACGGGAAUCUCCAUUCUGCCGCCGUCUAGCGGUGGAACGGACAGUGAUAUGGCUGGUGCCAGCGCAGACCGGAUAUUUCCUCAUGUGAUGAUCGUGCCAGGUACGGUGAUGCUUGUCAUUGGUUAACAAGCGAGCGAGUGAGUUUGUCUGUGGUUUAACGGAAAAUCUCAGUAUGAGCGGGCCGACCCGUAGCGCCAUGUCGACCAUAGCGUCGAUAGUUAUGAAACUGUUUGUGGUAAUGACGCUGAUCGUAAUCUAGUACGACCGGGCCUCGCUCUUUGUGUGUCCUACCAUCGUAAGACCUCCCAGGAUUCCAAUGUGUAGCGAUCAGGCUCAGACUUGCGGGCAUGGGGCACAAUCCUGGCUCGUCUAAGCUGGCUAGCUAGGCUGGCUACGGCUAGCUUUGCUAUGUCUCUAAAGCUAUUACUGUUUUGUAAAAGUUAUCUGUCCUACUCUUUGAACCAGAAAUUUCUGCAUUUGAGGUGAAUUCAGUUGUUCUUAGUCGUAAGACCAGCCAGAUCUGGCUAAAACAAAUAACGGGAGGCUCGUCUAGAAAAGCUCUGCAUUCACUUGCCUAUAUGUUUGCCUUGAUUUUGUUGUACUGUGUAAGGUCCGAUAUUUGUAUCGUAACGUAACCACCUGGUGUUGUUCAGACUAACAUCGCUAUCUUUAUAUGGUGUCUUUAAAAGGAGCGAUUUUUGAAACAGUUUACUGUCAGUACGUAUAAUGGAAUUUUGUUGGACGACGGUAUUUUUGUUUCGGAAAUAUGUCCUUAUGUGUGAUUAACUCAGUAAUUGUGAUCUGAUUCAAAGGAAACACAAAUUCAAUAUGCAAAAGCGUUGUUUCGCAAUAAGAACAGUGCCCACGCUAUAAUAUUAAAAUGCUCGAGCCCCCUAAGCGCACCUGUCCUGCACUGUAUGAGCCAACAUGGCAAGUGCGAAUUCAUAAACGUAUAAUGCUGUCUUUGUAUUCGCCAUCCAUUGGCAUUUUACAUGCACCUGGCUGCCUUGCCACCACAUUGUGUGAACUUGUACGUUAAACUCGUGAUUUCCAUUUACCUCGAGCAAUAAUUGUAACGCACAUGUGUGCAAUGUGCAUUGCAGAAGCUCCAUUCGUAUCUUUUACCUCAGAGAUAUGAGCAAGGCAAACGCGCAUUUACUUGUUCAUGUAUCUGGGCUAACAUGCAGUCACUGGUUAGACCAGUGAGCUUUAGCUCUGUAGACGUGUUAUGUGGAAGCCGCUCACGCGUGUCUGUUCAGUGACAUAAGAUAGCGGCGCCAGAACUGUAAAUAGAUACAGCGUAGUCAUCAUUUCUUUGAGAUAACCUCUGUGCAAGCUGCCGAUUUGCGGAAGUUCGCCGUGAGUGUUUGUAGGUGGAUGAUUCGUGAACCAGUGUUUUUUUUCGGAGGCUUGACGUGGGGCGUGCAGGUCACACCACUAGUCGAUUUUUUUUUUUCGUUGCCCCACUUGCAGGUGCCUAGCGCCAUGUCGACUUCACGAGGGACGAUUGUUUGUUCUGUAGCAUGUGUUUGAAGUGUAAUACAACAGUGAAUAGU